AUGGCUAGGCUGGAUGGCACUCAAAGAUCUUUGUGUAAGAGGACUUUUCCUUUUCUUGUGGACUUAGAGAAAAAGUUGCUUGGUGAUCUGAAUGUGAUUAUGGAACAAGAAGAACUUUUUUGGCUUCAAAAGUCUUGGAACAUUUGGCUCAAGGAAGGUGAUAAAAACACUAAAUUCUUUCAUCUUUCUACAGUCGUUAGAAGGAGAAGAAAUAAGAUUGAAGGGCUGAAUGACAGUGAUGGAAACUGGACCACAGGGAAAUCUGAUAUGCAAGCUAUUGUAACUUCCCACUUCAAAGACCUUUUCUCUUCGAAGACUAGAAUUGAUCUGAACUUUCUCAACAGUGAAGUAACUGAUGUUGAUAUUAAGCUUAGCCUUUUUUCUAUCAGAGAGCUUAAAGCCCCUGGGCCCGACGGUUUUCCAGCUAAAUUCUUCCAAGAUCAUUGGACUUUAUGCAGCUAUGAUAUUUGUGAUUUGGUGAAAGAUUGUUUUACCUCUUCAAGUUUGCCUGACAACCUUAAUAACACCCUUAUUGCUCUUGUCCCAAAGGUCCCUAAUGCUUUUGCUAUGUCUCAGUUUAGGCCAAUUAGUCUAUGCAACACCUUAUAUAAGGUUGUAUCGAAAAUUUUGGUCAAUAAACUCAGAUCUAUCAUGCCUAAGAUUGUUAGCCCUAACCAGGUGGGUUUUGUUCCUGGCAGGCAAAUUGUGGAUAACAUUAUUAUUGCUCAAGAGCUUCUCCAAAAAUUUCGGAACUCUAAAGGCAAGAAAGGCUUCAUUGCUUGGAAGAUUGAUUUGUCCAAAGCUUAUGACAGACUUCAGUGGCAUUUUAUUAAAGAUGUGCUAUGGGAAGCGAGUCUUAGAAGCAGAGUGUUGGAGCUGCUUAUGCAAUGCAUCACAACGGUCAAGUAUCAAGCUAUUCUCAAUGGUGAAGUAACUGAAAGUUUUCAACCAGCUUGUGGCAUAAGGCAAGGAGACCCCUUAUCUCCUUAUAUCUUUGUUCUUUGCAUGGAGAAAUUGUCCCACAUAAUUAAUGGUGCUGUCCUUAGUAAAAAAUGGAAACCAAUUAAGGUGGUGAGAGGAAGGCCUGCAAUUUCCCACCUUUUCUUUGCAGAUGAUCUUAUCUUAUUCGUUGAAGCUCACACUCAACAGGCUACGAUUAUGCAUCAUUGUUUGGAGACUUUUUGUGGUUUAUCUGGGCAACAAGUCAAUUUUGACAAAUCUAGGAUAUUCUGUUCCCCUAAUACAAAUUAUGGUACUACCAACCAAAUUGCUUCCAUGUCACACCCCAACCCUUGGAUUUACAAAACCUUGGGUUACGAUGUGAUUCACAUCGUAACCCAAGGUUUUGUAAAUCCAAGGGUUGGGGUGAUGCAACCCGAUCAGAGUAAUGAUACAUGGGGAGGGUUCCAAAUGGGACCCGAAGGCCUUAUCCCAAUAGACGAAGAAGUAUACCAUAGUCGCCUACGUAACCAAGCCUAUGUGGACGUCGUUAAUGAAGUUGUAGAGACAGGGUAUAGAAGAAUGUUUUAUACACCAGAAAUGCAAAGACUUGUUGUUAGACAUCGAUUGCGGGCCAAUAACAUAAGGAGUCAAUAUCAGUUGAAUAUUGAAGCACACUCUUACAACCAGGUAUUAGAAGAUGCUGCAAUUAUUGCUGCUGAUAUGUGGCCACCACCAGGAAUAGACUUACCUUAUGUUCCAGAACCACAGGACUUAAACUUACCCCCUGUGCCAGACCCAGGAGAUGAAGCCUAUUUGGAACUUCUGGACCUUGAUGCUUUAUCUGCUGAAUCUGUUGCGUCAGCUGCUUCAGUAGUUAUCAUUGAACCACAAAAUCCUAGUCCAACUAUCAUCAAUAUAAGUUCUGAUGAUGAAAAUGAAUAUCCCGAGCCCAUUAUCCCUCCUGUUAAAGUUAUAGACAUUAGUUCUGAUGAUGAAUAG